AUGUUGCCUCCUGGCCACAGGGAGCCGGUGGUCUUUGAGGACGUGGCUGUGGACUUCACACAGGAGGAGUGGGCUUUGCUGGAUCCGGCUCAGAGGACGCUCUACAGGGAUGUGAUGCUGGACACCGUCAGGAACCUGGAGUCCGUAGGAAAAAUUUGGGAAGGCCUUAACACUGAAGAUCAGCGUAAAAACCAGGGGAUACUUCCAAGCAAUUACAUGGUUGCAAAACUCUGUGGAAGUAACGGCAGCAGCCAGUUGGGAGCAACCUUCAACCAGAUCCCAGAUUUGAGCCUGUACAAGAAAAGGACCGGCAGAAGCAGCCCCCAUCAGUGCACGGUGUGUGGGCAGAUCCUCAUGUACGCCUCGUCCAUCAAGAAACACAUGGCCAGUCACAGUGGCCACAAACCUUUCCGGUGUCCAGAGUGCGGCAAGGGCUUUGCCUUCCCGUCAGAGCUCAGGGGCCACAUGCGAAUCCACAGCGGAGAGAGACCCUACUCGUGCGAACUGUGCUGGAAAACGUUUGCUCAUGUCCGAUCCUAUCGGAGGCAUGAAAAACUGCAUGAAAAGGAGAAGCUGUACGCGUGUAAACAGUGCGGCAGCACCUUCAGCUUCCUAGACUCCUUCCAGAGGCACGAGAGGACACACAAUAAAGAGAAACCAAACGAGUGCCAGGAAUGUGGGAAGGCGUUCAAGUGGCCCUCGUCUCUCACGCGACACAUGAAAAUGCACAGCGGGGAGAAGCCCUACGCGUGUGAGCAGUGCGGCAAGGCCUUCAAGUGGCCCAUCUCCUUACAGACACACAUGGCAUCGCACACCGAGGAGAAGUGCAAGCGAUGCGGCAAGGCCUUCACGUCCCCCAUCGCCUUCCGGAGACACCGCAUCUCGCGCUGCGGGGAGAAGUCCUUCGAGUGCAGGCUGUGCGGGAAGGCGUUCCGCUGGCCCUCUACCCUGCGCAACCACCUGAAGACGCACUCGGGCGCCCGGCCCUACCGGUGCCAGGAGUGCGGCAAGGCCUUCAGGUGGGCCAUCUCCUUACGGGAGCACACGACCACGCACACCGGCAAGGUGGCCCACGCGUGCACGCAGUGCGGGAAGACCUUCUCGUACCCGCAGUCCCUGCGGAGACACGAGAGGACGCACAGCCAGGAGAAGCCGCACGCGUGCGGCCAGUGCGGCAAGGGCUUCGACCAGCCCUUCUUCCUGCGCAGACACGAGCGCAUGCACAGCGGGGAGAAGCCCUACGUCUGCCAGCUCUGCGGGAAGGCCUUCCGCAGCGCCGUCUCCCUGCCCAACCACCGGCGCAUGCACACUGGCGAGAGGCCCUACCAGUGCCAGGAGUGCGGCAGGGCCUUCAACUCCUCCCCGGCCCUGAAAUACCACCUGAAGACACAUGCUCGAGAGGGACACCGCAAACGAAAAGCGGGAAAGCCUUGUAAGAAGUAA